CCAUGUCGCAUUGAACCGGUCUGAAUUCUUGAUAGAUUUCCCACUCUUAAUAAACUUUACAAUAUAAAGAUCUGUUCAAAUAAAUGACCGGUGGGUCAACACAAGUUUACAUAAUAUUCAAACUCUUGGACUGACAUAUUCAAUGCAUAUAAUAUACAUGUAAACCAAGUUGUAAUUUUAAUCCAUAGAAGAAGACAUUAUUGCAAUGGACUAAUUCAACUAAAUCAAGCCAAACGUGUCAAGAUCCUGCACAAAAGAUCUGCUUCUCUCUCAAACCCUGAGCACAAUAGACAACAUACCAUUGUGGUGGAACGUUUUCAAGAAUUUGAGUGAAAGUUUAAAAGUCUCUCGUCUGCACUAAAUUUUCAAUAGGUGGCUGAGCUAGCACAGCUUGAAUGGAGGAGUAUUUACACAACCUGGAGAAAAAUCUUGAGGCUUUGGAGAUGAAGGUGGAAGCCCUCAAAGCAAUGAUAAAUGAAUUGUUGAAAAGGUUGUCCAAAGAAGAGGACAGAAUGCUACCUAAAGUUAUAAAUUGGAUUUCAAUUGCACAAGAGAUUGUAUCCAAGGCCAGUGGUCUCCUUGAUAAGAGUAUCUCAGAACGUUAUAAGUUAUCCAAGUAUGAUGAUCUUUCCAAGAUUUCUGAAUCGACUCAUCAUUACAGCGAAGAUGUGCGCCUCACGUUGGAAGCAGUUGAAACUCACAAAUCUAUGGGAGUUUUUAGAGUAUUGGUUGAUAGCACUCAUCAGCUUCAUGUAUGUGAAACUUAGAACUAAGACAGUCCAAAGCUUUUUUACUUGUUUUGUGAUCAACAUUAUUUCUCAAGUUCUAAGCUAAUGUAUUCGAUCAAAGCGGAAUAAAAAUUCAAAGACUCUCCUA